AUGAAGUUCGCCGUCACCACCAUGGCGGUCCUCGCCGGACUCACCCAGGCCAACGACCUGGUCGCCGUUGACAAGACCGCGGCCCAGGCACCGGCCGCGACUGCUCGGCCGCUCAUCUGGGCGCCGCCGACGAAGCACGACUUCCCUGCGCCAGGAGACCCGGCUCCGACAAGCGUCGUCCAGACUCGCGUAACCCGGGUCUUCACCCCGCUGCUCUCUCCCUCGCCUGUCACUGCUACGACGAAGGCCUCUGCCUCGACGAAGGCCUCUGCCUCGACCAAGGCAUCUGCCUCGACCAAGGCCAGCGCCUCGACAAAAGCCAGUGCCUCGACCAAAGCCUCUGCUACAACGAAGGCCAGUGCCUCGACGAAGAAGCCCACCACUACCUCCAAGAAGGACACUGCCUCGACGAAAAAGCCCACCACUACCUCCAAGAAGGACACUACCUCGACGAAAAAGCCCACCACUACCUCCAAGAAGGACACUACCUCGACGAAAAAGCCCACCACUACCUCCAAGAAGGACAAUGCCACACCUUGCAAGUCUUCUUCCGCCAAGAAGCCUGUCACGACUCCAUGCAAGAGCUCCUCUACCAAGAAGCCUGUUACGACUCCAUGCAAGAGCUCCUCUACCAAGAAGCCCGUCACGACUCCAUGCAAGAGCUCCUCUACCAAGAAGCCUGUUACGACUCCAUGCAAGAGCUCCUCUACCAAGAAGCCCGUCACGACUCCAUGCAAGAGCUCCUCUACCAAGAAGCCCGUCACAAUUCCAUGCAAGAGCUCCUCUACCAAGAAGCCUGUUACGACUCCAUGCAAGAGCUCCUCUACCAAGAAGCCCGUCACGACUCCAUGCAAGAGCUCCUCUACCAAGAAGCCCGUCACAAUUCCAUGCAAGAGCUCCUCUACCAAGAAGCCGGUUACAACUCCCUGCACCACCCUUAAGAAGAUCGUCACUCCCUGCAAGUCUUCUACUAAGAAGGCCACCACGACUCCCUGCAACACGGCCAAGAAGUCAACCGUCCACAAGAUCAUUACGUCAACCCGCCGCGCAAACAUCACCAGCGCCGUCGUUCACAAGACCUCCGCUAUCGUCGUCGUUGUGCCCCCCUCCUCAAAGCCUGUGGCCGUCUCUACGCAGCGCGCUGUUCCCGUAAAAUCCCCAUGCCCUACGGUGACUCGAUACCAGAACUCUACGGCGACUGCUGCCCGCCCUCACGUCAAAUCAGCUCAACCUCCCGCUCAACCCCUCGCUCAACCUCCUGCUCAGCCUCCCGCUCAACCUCCCGCUCAGCCGUCUGUUAAGCCGCCCGUCAAGCCUCCUGUCGAGUCGUCCCCGCCCAUCCCAAGCAAGCCUUCCACCGUCCCCACCGCUGGCGGCAACAACGUCAAAGUGUCCUUGAGUCUUGCAAGUCUUGUCCUUGUCGCCAUCGCCUUCUUCUAG